ACCAAACAGUCGUCUGCUCUGCUGGCAGCCUACCUUCCUUGCAUAUCCUGGGCAGCUCCUGCCCUCCACUUCAGAGAUCCGGAGCCGGAGGAACUGGAAGCCUAUCCCACGUCGCCCAGCCAGGUGUUGCCCAUUCAACCUGUGCUGAUCUAUCCAAAACCACGUGAGAAUCUCUACCAGGCGCGAACAAUGGCAGGACGAAAUGACGAGCAGGACAUUAUCUUCGUGAAACUACUGGAGGACAAGUCCAGUGGCUAUCGACCCAAGCAGCAGCGCCUUGUCCUGGAUGAGAUGAAACCCUCGCAGCGGAAGAGCCUCGGCCUGAAGGACAUCUUCUAUGUGAAGGCCCUCACCAACGGACGUUUCAGCCACGAACGCCUGAAGGUCUACCGAGUGCCCGAGUUCUACGCCAUCAGUGUUUUUAGCAACGGAGAUAAAUGAGGGAAGACACCAAGUGUUAACGAUAAAAAGGAGUAAUAUAAGUUAUUUUUAAGACGCUAUAAAUAAAUAC